CUGAACUAUUGAUGUGUGGGCAGGGCGCUAAGUUAGCAAACAUGAUGGAUGAGAAAUACUGAGUAAGAGGAUGUGUCAUAAGGUGCAGUUCCUCUUGAACACAACUGUUGUAAAAUAUUUUAAUUAUUUUAUUGACCAUGCACACAACCGAUAAGCACACAUAUACUGCCCCCCUACACAAACACUCUGUAGAACUUGUGUAAAUGUUUGAUUAGCGGCCAUUAUAGGGAGGUCUGAAAGGGUGGCGAUGAGGGAGAGGCCAAAGAUUUGACGUUCACUUUACUUUAGUCAUGCAGGCAGGCAGCACUAACAGGAUGAGAGGAGAGGACUGACGGAAACAAUAGAGGAAGAAAAUAUUAAAUCAGCAAGGAUCGAAGAGACAACUUGGCGAAAAGAGAUAAUCUAAUAGAUAUUCUAUCCAGAACCACGUGAUUACAAUCACCAUGGUUACACUGGACAUCAGGACACUGACAGUGCGGAUACUGGAGGUGAUCUUCACCUGUAUCUCCUUCAGCCUGGUGGCAUCAGUGGGCCACAGCACGGACUCCUUCUGGACAUGGUGCAUGUUCACCUGGUGCUUCUGCUUCUGUGUCACCAUCCUCAUCCUGGUCCUGGAACUCACCAGCCUCAGCGCCCAGUUGCCCAUCUCUUGGGAUGACUUCACGACCGCUUUUGCCAUGUUGGCUACUCUGAUGGUGUGUGCCCUUUUUUACUCUCUUCAUUAAUGCGGCAGACAGAUUGCUGCCAGCGUUACUUCCUGUCUGGCUUUCAUCCUGUACGCCGUGGAUGUCGGUCUGACCCGGGCUAAACCCGGUGAGAUAAGUGGAUUUCUCUCCACAGUGCCAGGCCUCCUCAAGGUUCUCGAGGCCUUCGUGGCUUGCAUCAUCUUCAUCUGCUUGAACUACAACCAGUACUCCAGGUUUCCAGGGCUCCAGUGGUGCGUUGCUGUGUACUCCGUUUGCUUCAUUUUCGCCCUGCUCGUCAUCAUUUUUACCAUCUGCCGCCUCCUGACUCUCUUCCCUGCACCGUUUGACAAAGUGCUGACAGUUUGCAACGUGUUGGCAGUGUUGCUGUACAUCACCGCUGUGGUCAUCUGGCCGUUGUACAGCUUCCAGAACAAUUCCAGACCGAAAUACUGCACGAAAGGGAUUCUAUGUCCCUGGGAUAAAUUAGUGGUUAUCACGUUCAUGACCUGUUUCAACCUUGCUGCUUACAUCACUGAUACUGUUUACUCUUUUAGGCUGGUGUUUUUCAUCAGCAGAAACUAGGUUGCACUAGGACUCAAAGAAUGAACAUGAGAGCAGGAAUAUGGAAUGUGAUGCAUCUCUUGUACAACUUCUGUGAAACAUAUUUUAUUUCCCUGUUGCAUUCUCUGAGAACAUGAAACUGUGUAAAAUUAUUAACGUCGGGAAGAUGUGAUCCCAUGAUCUUUGCUCAUUCUUUUUGUCUAAUUUUGAGACAGCCAACUCAGUUGUAGUCGAGUGCAUAUUCCUGUAUAUUCCUGAAUAUGAAUGAAAUGUAAUAAAAGUUUGGAUUUACAUUUA